CCUCCUUAUCCUUCUUAUCCUUCCCUCUCCCUUUGUCAGAUUCACUCUGUUUCUUCAAUUGACUUUUUGUAUAUUAGAAAGUAUCUAUCGCUCUUUCUGUCCUUCCUCCGCAAUCAAUCGAAAGCUUAUUUAUCUCUACACAUUCCUUUCCGUCGCGUCCUCUACUUCACAAUGGCUUCGGCUGCUAGAUCUGCUUCGCGCGCCUUCUUACGCUCCACUCCUGUUACCUCCUCCUUCCGCCCUGCUGUCCGCGCCGCUCGCUUUGGUCUCCCAUCUCAGGGCUUCCGCGCCGCUGCUCGUCGUGGCUAUGCCUCCGAAGCCAACUCCGGCAAGUCCUCGUCCAACGUCUUCCUCUGGGCUGGUCUCGCCGUGGCUGGUGGUGCCGGUGCAUACUUCUACCUGAACGGCAGCGACUCCGUUACCUCCAAGACCUUUGUUCCCAGCAAGGAGGACUACCAGAAGGUGUACGAUGCCAUUGCUCGCCGUCUUGCCGAUGAGACCGACUAUGACGAUGGCAGCUAUGGACCAGUUCUCCAACGGCGCUACCAUGAGAUUCGCCCCGAGUCCGACCACGGUGCCAACGCUGGUCUCAAGAUUGCUCGGGACUUCCUCGAGCCCAUCAAGGCCCAGUUCCCUUGGAUUACCUACUCCGAUCUCUGGACUAUGGCCGGCGCCUGCGCCAUCCAGGAACUGGGUGGUCCCGCCAUUCCCUGGCGCCCUGGCCGUCAGGACAAGGACGUAGCUGGCUGCACCCCUGACGGACGUCUCCCCGAUGCUUCCAAGGACCAGGGGCACAUCCGCGACAUCUUCUACCGCAUGGGUUUCAACGACCAGGAGAUUGUUGCUCUGAUCGGUGCCCACGCCCUGGGCCGUGCUCACCCCGACCGUUCUGGCUACGACGGCCCCUGGGACUUCAGCCCCACCGUUUUCACCAACGAGUUCUUCCGCCUGCUUGUUGAUGAGAAGUGGCAGAACCGGAAGUGGAACGGCCCCGCCCAGUUCACCGACAAGACCACCAAGACCCUGAUGAUGCUUCCCGCCGAUCUCGCCCUGGUCAAGGACAAGGAGUUCAAGAAGCACGUCGAGCGCUAUGCCAGGGACAACGAUGCCUUCUUCAAGGAUUUCUCGGACGCUUUCGUCAAGCUCCUCGAGCUUGGUGUUCCCUUUACCAGCAAGGCCGAGGACCGCUACGUCUUCAAGACCUCUGAGUAA